AUGGGGUCUCAACUAGUCUCGACCGACGCCAAGAACAAGUUGGAAGACUUGUCGGGCAUCACUAUCCUGCCGGGCCAGAACCCAUACGAUGCCUUCAUCAAGGCCUGCAAUGAUAAUCCCGCAGAGAUUCAAGCUCUCUACCAGGCUCAUAGAACGAAGAGGAACGAGCAGCAGAAACAAAAGUUCAUCGCCCCGGACUACAAGGAGCUCGUCAUAGACCCCUUCCUCCUGAGGCUCGAGAACCCCAAGAUGGAGCCGGGCUUCCAGGACCCCCGUAACUGCUUCGUCUUCUGGGCCCGCCCGCCCGACCACAUCGUGAGGCUCGCGGCCUACGUGCAGGCCCUGCUCAAGAAGGCCGCGCCGAACGCUUGGCUCAUGCCUCAGCACCGCAUGCACCUCACAGCCCUAGAGGUAACCCACUCCAAGACCCCCGAAGAGAUCACCGCCCUCACCGACACCUUGCGCCCCGCGAUCCCCUACAUCACGGACUACACCUACGCCCACCGCUCGCGGCUUGUGAAGCCCAUGGUCUCCUACGACCUCUCGGCCUUCGCCCUCUCCUUCCUCCCGGCGGCGGGCGAACCCGCCAGCGGCCCCGCGCCCGCGCCCACCGCAACGCAGACGGCCGUCGUCGAGGGCGACGGCUACACGUACCACCACCUCCGCCGGGACGUCUUCGACCUGGCGCGGUCGACGGGUGUGCCGAUCGAGUCGCGGUACCAGGUGCCGAGCGCGCACAUCACGCUGGGACGGUACCUCUCCGAGGAGGACCACGAGACGCCCGAGGCGAGGGCCAGGUGGGUCGAGACCAUCGACGAGAUCAACGCGUGGCUCGAGAGGGAGGUUUGGGACCUGAAGGACGGGGCCGGCGGCUGGGUCGGCGAGUGGCUCGUCGGGCAGGAGAGGGGCCUGGAUGCGCGGAACGGGCAGCUGUGGUACGGAGGGGGCAGGACGAUCAGGCUCGGGGAGGGGUUCUGA